AUGGCGGCCUCGUGGAUGUUGGAGGAGUGGAAGGCGUUCCUCGAGGGCAUCAUCCAGGACCCGGCGUACCAUGACGUCCUCUCCCUCCUCAAGACGGCGCGCAACGGCGCGGUGUACGGGACAAAGGUGCGGUUUCCGCACGCGCUGGUGAUGAUUUUUCUUUUCCGGUCUGGAACCUUCCGGGAAAAGGCAUCGUUGGUCUUCCGGGCGACGAAGAAGCACGCCACGAACCUGGCCAAGUUCGCAUCGAUAUACAAACUCACCAUGCUGGCCCUCAAGCGCUAUGGCGCCACGCCAGGCAAGGAGGGCCCCUUUGACUCCUUCUUCGCCGGCCUCCUCGGCGGCUACAUCGUCUUCGGCCAGCGCUCCAAGCGCUACGGCAAGAUCUCGUCCGUCAACCAGCAGAUCGUCAUCUACAUCUUCGCCCGCGUCGCCCUCGCCCUGGCGCGCCUCGCCGUCAAGCCGGGCCACGGCCUGCCCGUCGUGUCCGCCGAGCCGCUGCACUCGCGCAUCAGCCACUACGCCUGGCCCGCGUUCGCGUCGCUGUCGUGGGGGCUGGUCAUGCUGCUGUUCAAGCACCACCCCGAGGACCUGCAGUCGAGCCUGCGGAGCAGCAUGACGUACAUUUACAAGGACUGCGACCAGUGGGACUCGUUGAGGACGCUGCUUUGGCAUAACAAGUAG